AAGGUGAUGAGUAAAUUGAAUAUCGUGGCGGAGAUUAAGUAAACAAUACGGAUUAGCAAAUGCGUGAUAUGAGAGUGACAUAGAGGAUGCCUGUGCUGUGAUGUGAGAAUGUGGGAAUGUGACGGAAUGAAUGAGAAGAAAAAAUUAAUGUAAACAGGCCUAAGUAGAGUCACUGCAAAUAUAUUACUGCUUUAUAAGUAAUUACUAGAUCAGCUCUACAUCUUUCUGAAACUUAUCAAACAACAUCAUGGUAGUUCCUUUUAUAAUAUUGAUAUACUUAUUCUUAUCAGAUUAAGCUCAAAAUGGCUUUUUCAAAGUUACACAACUGUGCAUCAGUGUUGAUCACUUUUGCACCUGGACUAAUGGCUGCCAUAUUUUAUGGAUUCACCUCUGGAUCGAUGUCAUUUAUUAACAAGUAUGUUCUAUCAUCAUUUGGUUAUAAAUAUGUUGAUGUGUUAAUGCUGGCCCAAUUAGUGAUAACAUCAACAGUGCUGGAAAUAUGUCGCUUGUGCAACUUCUGUGAUAUACCCGCUUGGAGCAUGGAGAGGGGCAAAAGCUUUUUUGUGCCAAGCAUUUGCUUUGCUGCCCACACAACACUUGCCUUAGCAGCUCUUGGAAAUCUGUCAAUUCCAGUAUACAAUGUCCUUAGAAGAAUGCUGCCACUAGCAAAUCUGAUGAUGGCCCAUUUUGUAUUAAAAAAGACACCCUCUUGGCAAAUUGUGAUUUCUGUACUUUUCAUAGUUACUGGAUGUGUUUUAACAGGUUUUGGGGAUGUCAAAUUUGAUUUUUAUGCAUACAUCUGUGCAGUUUCAAGUGUAGUAGCACAAUCAAUAUAUCUAACAUAUGUACAAAAAACUGGUAUAGAGUCUGGAGUUUCAGCUCUUUCAGUUUUGCAUUUGAACAGCAUCAACUGUAUACCAUUCAUGCUCGCAUAUGCAGUUUUAAGUGGGAACAUAGUCAGGGCAAUUCAUUUUUCUGGAAACAAGGAUUCUCAGUUUGUUGCUGCUUUUCUAAUUGAUGUCUCUUUUGGCUGUGUCCUCAACUACUCCCUAUUUUUGUGUGCAACGAUGAAUUCUGCCUUAACUACAAGUUUGGUUGGCGUUGUAAAGAGCGUCUUGACAACUCUGAUUGGAUUCUUCACCUUUGGAGGCGUGCCUGUUUCAUUCUUUACGAUUAUGGGCGUAGGUCUGAACACCUUUGGAGGAGCUCUGUAUUCUUACGCUAAAUACUUGGAAAAAAGAUCAGUUCUGCGCUCAAUCAGCAAUUUAUUUUUGCCAACCAAUGCUUCGGAUGUUGCAGAAAAAGGAAAUGAAGUCAGCAAUGAAAAAGGAACUCACGACUCUGUUUCUGUUACGAUCGACGAUCGAACUCGUGCCUAGUUUGAAUACAGGGUUUGUUUCAUCAACGUUUUUAGAAUUUUAUCACCUUCGAAAUUCUUAGCUUCUAUGAAUGAAUUGCUUUUUAGAAUUUAGAAAUAGUUUGCAUAUUUUGGUGGAGACGGAAUGAACUAAAAUAAGCAGGGAGAAAACAUUUCCCAUUUGUUAGUUCCCUUACCCAAAAUAUGAUAUCAGGAAAUGUUAACUAAGACUAAGACGGGAAGAGUACUAUUGACUAAACAUAAAGGUAUUUGCUAUUUAGGAAGUGCCAAAAAAUGUGCUAUAUUAGAUAGAACGGUAGCGAAAGUACUAACCAGGAAGAGAGGGGAAUAAAGUGCUAUAUUAGAUAGAAUGGUAGCGAAAGUACUAACCAGGAAGAGAGGGGAAUAUAGUGGGUUUUUAACCUCGAUGAGCAGACUUCAUUACGAUUAUUGCUGCCACUUAGCCUCCUCUAUCGUUUGAACUCAACAAUAAGCCUCCUUGUUAAACCUUACUUUUUUCACUAUAGAAAUUGUAUUUAAUCUGGAUAUUUUGCCGGCCAAAACAAUAUCUAUCCAUGGGCUUGCUUGUAUUGAGUAACCUACUUUUCUAACUUAGUAGUGUUUAUGCCCAAGCCUAGUUAAGAAUUUUUAACAUCAAGCUUAUGUAAUAGUCAUCUUACAUAUUCCAUUUUUCAAGCGUGGGGAGUAAGAUUAUAUUAUAACUCACAAACUUUGCAAGCGGGACUUUUGUAUAUGAUGGAACCGUAUGUUGGACAAUAUCAUAAGUACAUGUACAAUAUCAUUAGUACAAGUAUGUACAAUAUCAUAAGUACAAGUACAAUAUUAUUAGUGUAUGUUGGAAAAUAUAAGCCUUGCAGACAAUAUAUGUCUAUGGCCAUUAAAUGGGAGUUUAUUUAAUAAGGGAACUUUGUAGUACGUGUAUUUAGGUAUUUAGGAGAUGGGAUCGUGUUUAACUUGUCCCUCUUAGAAACUAAAGUUUUGACAAGCUCGCAAUUGUUUUGACAAGCACUUAGUUUCAAAAAAGCUGUGCUUUACAGUAUUUUGAACAAUUCAGUCUAGCGGAGGUGGUGUAGGGGUGCUGUGACACCCCUAAAUCGCUAUGAGUUGUUCAGUAAAUCUUCAGUUGGUCUUAAAAAUCUGGGCUUAAAAACAAAUUCCAAUUUUUCAGGUUUAGUGCCCAAAAAUUGCUGAUGAUUUUUCACCUAAUUAGCUCUCACAACAUUUAGUGAUAAUUUUGACAGUGGGUCAGCAAGAGUGCCCUCCUAAAAAUAGGUAAAAGGGGGCUUUGGAAGCCACACCUAUAACCACACCCAUAACCAUACUUAGAAUAGUAAAUGAUUGCCAACAUUGAAUUUGUCCUACCAAGCGCGCUAGCUCAUCAAGGGGAUGCUGAGCUUUCCACAAUCUCUUAUUUAUAACAAGAAAAGCCGAACCCCCGAGCCCCCUUCCAUGCCCCCCUGGGGUGGAAAACCUGUACCCGGCCUUCGUGCAGGUGACUAUUUUAUGAACUGAAUUUUUUUUCGAAUAACGUUGACAAUGCUAGCAGUCUACUACAAUUUGUAUUCGCUGUUAGACGUACUUAUGCAUUGUUAGUUUUCAGAUAAUUAUCGGGAGUGUUUUGUUUGAAAUGUUAUAUAAUUUUUUAGAUAAUAAUAACCGACGAAGUUGCAAAUAAUAGUGAAAUUAUAAUUUUGUUGUUAAGAAUUAUACAUAUUGAUCCUGUUUUAUUAAGUUAGGUUGGUUUUGUGAGCUUCAUGCUCACAGUUAGUGUCUUACGAAUAAUUCAUGACAUAUCCGCAUGGUGUAAUGAAGAAAUAAUUUUGUAAAUUUGAAACUGGAUAUAAUAUUUUACUAAGUUUGUAAUUGAAUACAUAUUAGUUGGGAUUGCAUACAUAUGAAAGAAGAUAAGAAGAUAAAGCAGGCAACUUUUCUACAUCACUUCGUUACUACCGAAUACCAAAAAAUGCUCUUUACUAAAUCAAGGCAAAGUUUAUGAAGAACACAAGAAUAUCAGGGUUGUCGUACCUAUUAUUUUCUUGAAUAAAUUACCAGUUUUUCCUGGCAUCCGUUAAACAAGGAAAUUGUGAUUAAAGAAGAAUUUCGUUUAGUUUUCGAGUUGUAUCAAUCUUUUACCUUCCCUGGCACCUCUCAACUUUCACCUUCAGGAAAACAAAAUAAUUUUUUUUUUAACUUGUUUGCCUAAAUUUUAAUCCUACCGUAAAAUCAAUAGAUCUGAGACUUAAACUACUAGCACUUUUAUCAGCAACUCGGAAAUAUGAAAAUUUUCUCAGGUCUACAAUAAUGUCAAUAACCUUGCAUAUUAACACAGGUUAAUUUGUUUAGUAAUUUAUGUUACCGAUAUCAAUCAAAGACCUGUACUUUACAUGAUAAAAGUUAAAAAUUACAAGUAUAGAAUUUAAAAAGUUACAAUAAAAGAUAUAGAAUUUUACAAGAAAAAAAUUAUAUUUGACACAUGGUUAAAAAUUCAGGUUUGCUUUAAAUUUCAAGUCUUUGCCAAAUCUAUUGAAUUUCUAUGAAAAAAAUAGUUGAGGCAGACAGCUAAGGGGAUUAAAAAACUUUUCAAAACAAACUUUGUUUGACACUUGUAUGUUAAUAAUCUACUAACAGAACAAAGUAUUGUAUAAACUUGUGAUUAACAUCGCAGAAACGCCUCAAGCACCUGGCGCUAACAUGGAAAUUUUAUUUUGUCCACUGUUAUACUCUUGAUAUUACGGUCUCUAUCGUUUUCUUUAUUUCUGUCUUGGUUUCCUGCAAUCAGCUUCUGACAAAUUUCUUAUUUUUCAAUGAUCUUCUUCAAUAAUCAAUCUACAACUACUUAUUCCUCCUCUGCUUCGACACAUCAGGGACUAUCAGGGUUCCAGACAAAAAAGGGCCGGACGACAAAAGACAAAAGACGACCAUGCAAGCUUUUGCGAGACAAAAUAGCUUCUCGGUAGAUUCUUUUUGUUUUGAAUUUUCGAGUUCGUUUUUACGACGUCCCAAGGAUCAAUAAAUACAAGGGAGCUAAGUGAAGAUAGAAAAGAUGCUCAAUUCACAAAAAAGAUGGGAUUAAAGCCCAAGGGGAUGCUCCCAUUAAGGUCUGACAAAUGGGGUCCAGUCGAUUUGAAGGUCUUACCAAAUGGCUACCAAAUGGUCCAGUUUCGAUAACAACACGACGACUUAGUUAAGCUUGCAAUGCAUUAUAGACAAUGAACAAGAUUCUAUCUUUCCUGAAUCAACAGAAAUCAAUGGCGAAUAAAUUUGUGAAAAAAGGACCAGGCGCGCAAAAAGAAAUGGAUGCUACCAAGGAAAUAAUUUCCAUCCUUGUGCUACCAUUUGAGGGUAAUUUUUUAAUAUUUUAGCUUUAGCUCUCUUUGACCCUGAUUGGACCCCCUAUUAGGCCAUGAUGUGAGUCCCCCGGGGAUUAAAGAAGUUUUACUUCAAAGGGGAAUGGAAAAAUCAUUA